AGGAGUUCUCGCGAGACGCGCGGCAACCUAGCAACCGGGCGGCGCGCGCUGCCAUGGCGACGGGCGCGGGCCUCGGUCUGGCCCUCCGCCGCCCCGAGCAGCGCCCGCCGCGGGCAGAACCGGCGCCCGCGCGCUGACGACCGGCUCCCGCGAGGGGCCCCGGGCCGCGCCGCAGCGCAUGGCGGGGCUGCAGCUCUGCGAGCCCACGGAGCUCUACAACAUCCUCAACCAGGCCGCCGGGCUCCCCCGGCUCAGCGAGCCCAACUACCUCUGCCUGCUGGAUGCCCGUACUCAGCGCGAGUAUGAUGAGAGCCAUAUUAUUACUGCACGCAAGAUUGAACAGAGCCCUACAGGGGAGUAUCUUGUACCGGAUUCAGAGGAGCUGGAGUGUGUCAGAUACUGUGUUGUGUAUGACUGCGAGACCAGCUCUUUGGAUCUCUGUGAUUAUGAGAAAGAGGAGAGUGAAAAAGGGGCCAAUGCUUCUUCAGAGAUCAAAAAUGCUGAGUCAAGUUCCUUAUGUUCACUGAAUGCAGAGGAAGGAACUGCUGUCCGAUAUGGCAGAGACUUAGAACAGUUUACCCGCCACCCCGUGCUCAUCCUGAGGGGAGGAUACAAGCGUUUUUCAGCCUGCUAUCAUUUUCUGAGGACUCAGAAGUUAUUCUGGAUGCCUCAGGAACUAGACAACUUGCAGCCAUACCCUGUAGAGAUACUGCCAGCAAAGUUAUAUAUGGGCAAUUUCAAGCAGGCCUGUGACCGACAAAUUCUGAAGGAUUUGAAGAUCAAAGCGCAAGUCAACAUCUCUGAGCAGCCUGCAGCACUGUUUGCAGAAGACAAGCUCCUCCACAUAUCUGUUCCAGAUUCUCCCUAUGCAGAUCUUUUCUCUUCCUUUCCCACCAUUUGUCAUUUCAUAGAUGCUCAGCUGAAUUAUGGAGCAGUGCUGGUGUUCUCUAGCCUGGGGAUAAGCCGGAGCAGCACAGUAGCCAUGGCCUAUCUUAUGCAUUCCUCACAACUUUCCCUGAAGGAAGCUUGGGAAUACGUUCGGAAAUGCAAAACAAACAUGAGACCAAACCGGGGCUUUGUGAAACAGCUUUCAGACUGGGAGACCCAAAUCUAUGGGACCGCAAUCACAGAUAUCUCUGAACCAAAUUAUUGACAGGCAGCAAAGAGAACACCCGGCAGGGAAAGGUGCUUUUCUGUCCGUGCCAACAUCUGAUCUAUAGGUAGAAGGUGACUUGAACUGUGUUUGAAAAACAUCUUAACAUUAUGGAAUAGUUUUCAUCUUUAGCAGGUAUCAUUUUGGGUCAAGUUGUGGAGACUUUAGGGAAACUUACUUGUGCUGUUGAAGGUGGUAGUUUGGGGAAAGCAAGGCCAGAAGGAUGUGGCCCCUUAUGCACUGCUUGUCUCUUUCAUAAGCUAAGGUGAUUAUUAUAACCACACUAUCAGCCAUGCUCAUUACCCCAGCUAUGGGGAAGUAAUUAGGACUAUCUCUGAAAAAGUUUAUCGAUCCGUAGAGAGGGCUGGUCAUCUGAGAGCUGGACUACACCCAGUUCCAGCCCGGCGAAAUAAAGACAGAAUUUCCUCGUUUCUGAAGUUCCUCCAUUCUGAACGUGUCUUCAGGACCUCGUACAUGCCUUCCACUUACCUCCUUCUAAUACAAUCACCUAACUUCUUCGCAUGGCAGAGAAUUUUGAAGCAUCUAUCCUGUUACAUAAAAUCUAAAUUCAAUACUAUCCUGCCUUUUAGCACUGUAAAUUCUUUGUAUUGGCACUUCAAAAUAAAACAUUACAGAAAAUUCUCUAGGGCUUUCAUAGCACUCUGUGCUAAGAAUUUAACUGUCUUUCAUCUUAGAUCUUCUCCUGAAAUUUGAAAGUCAAAUACAUCCAACUGGGGACAGAAUGAGUCAGUCCUUACCUUUUGGUUAAUGAAUUUUGAUCACCAGCUAUUCCAGACUGCUGAAAGGUGCAAGCUUCGGGAGAGGGGACCUGUCCUGUAAGCCUCAGCAAAGCUUUUAUUUGCUGCGUGACUACUGCAGUGUGAUCUGUGAAAAAGCGUAUUAAUUUUGCC